UCGUGGUGAAAAAAAAUUUUUGUAAACAAUUAGGAAUCAACGCUUGUGUUUUUUUUAAUUUCCCUGCAAUUUUAGUUGUCCAGACGAGCCCACCAUGUUCGAACGCAACCAGAAGACCAUCUUUGUGCUGGACCACACCCGAUACUUCAGCAUCGCCAGCGAAGAGUACAUCUCGAUGGACUUCCUAAAGGGAAAACCGUCUGCAGACGGCGGCGCAACAGGAGCGGCGGGAAAUGCUACCGGCGGCGGUGGAUCCCAAUUCAGCAAGAGCCUUUGGACAUGCGCCUGCGAAUCCUCCAUCGAGUACUGCCGCGUGGUCUGGGAUCUCUUUCCCGGCAAAAAGCAUGUGCGGUUCAUUGUCUCGGACACGGCGGCGCAUAUCGUGAACACCUGGAGUCACAGCACACAAAAUAUGUCGCACGUGAUGAACGCAAUGGUAAUGGUGGGCGUCCCAUCACGCAACGUAGCAACAUCUUCAGACUACUCGGUAAUCCAUGGCCUGCGAGCCGCCAUCGAAGCGCUGGCGGAGCCCACAGAUGAGCAGUUGGCGGCUAUGGCCGACCUUGGGACCGACGAACUGCCGCGCAUUCCCAACAAGGGUCGCGUCAUUUGCAUCACCUCGGCGCGGGACAAUACCAGCAUGAAGAGCUUAGAAGACAUCUUUAACACAGUGCUGGUGCAACAGAACGCCCUAGCCGCGCCACCAGCCAAGAAGGGACUGGUCAUCGACCAUUGCCACCUGGUUAUCCUCAACAUUGUGCCGCUAGGCGUCGAAUCGCUGGUCACUAAUCGCAGCCUGCUCAAGAUCUCGCCGCUGCUGGACGUCGAGAUCCACACAGUCAGUGCCCCGGAUAUCUCGUACAAGCUGACGCACCUCAUACUGAAUCAUUAUGACCUAGCCAGUACCACGGUGACCAACAUACCCAUGAAGGAAGAGCAGAACGCCAACUCCAGCGCCAACUACGAUGUGGAAAUCCUGCACAGCCGUAGGGCCCACUCCAUCACCUGUGGUCCAGAUUUCAGUCUACCCACGAGCAUCAAACAAGGCGCCACAUACGAAACGGUGACUCUUAAGUGGUGCACACCACGCGGUUGCGGCUCUGCUGAUCUACAGCCCUGCCUGGGUCAAUUCCUCGUGACACCGGUGGACGUCACCUCGCGGCCCAGUUCAUGCUUGAUUAACUUUCUGCUUAACGGACGCUCAGUCUUGCUGGAAAUGCCGCGCAAGACCGGCUCGAAGGCCACCAGCCAUAUGCUGUCUGCUCGCGGUGGCGAGAUCUUUGUGCAUUCCCUGUGCAUCACGCGUUCCUGCAUGGAUGAGGCACCAUCCAUUACUGAUGGCCCCGGGGGACGCGUCUCGGACUAUCGCACCGCCGAACUUGGUCAACUGAUCAAGAUGUCGCGCAUGGUUCCGCUAAAGGUUAAGGAUCCAUCUGCUCCGCCUUUGGCGCGCCGGCUGCCACGCUACUUUCCUCUGACUACCAGCUCUUCGAUACUGUUCCAUCUACAGCGCCAUAUCAAUUGGCUACCGCAUUUUCUUCAUAUUUUGGUCAAGGAGGACAUGGAUAAGCAAGACGAGGUGCGGUGCCAGCAGCACAUUCACGAACUGUACAAAAGCGCCUCGCGUGGCGAUGUUCUACCAUUUACACACACCAAUGGAGCAAGACUAAAGCUUUCCAAGGCAAAGGACCAGUAUCGCUUGCUGUAUAGGGAACUGGAGCAACUUAUCCAACUCAAUGCCACCACAAUGCAUCAUAAAAAUCUUCUGGAAAGCCUACAGAGUUUGCGGGCCGCAUACGGUGAUGCCCCGCUGAAGUCGGAACCAGGAGCCAGUCUCCUGCGCUCUUACACGGAAUCCCCACUCUCUCCUGAACGCCUGGAGCCCAUCACUAGCGGCAGUGCUAGUGGCAGCAGCAACUCCAAUAGCCUUCUCAAGGCCAGCAAGCGUCGCAUGUCUAGUUGUGGGCAAAGGUCCCUGUUAGAUAUUAUAUCCUCAGCAGAGCGAAGUCAGUCCAACAAAAGAUUGGACUUCUCGGGACGCCUUUGCACUCCGUUGGGUCAAGUGGCCAAGCUGUACCCGGAUUUUGGAAACAAGGACAAAGACUCCGUUGUGACGGCGGCCAGUAUUACGCCCAAUGUUAAGGAGGAAUCAGUACGCAGUUAAAAUGGCACGGAGGAACACGAAUUUCAGCCGGGACUGUAGUUUUUAUUUAUAAAAAAAAAACAAUAAUUUCCUUAAACAAAACUUAGUGUACGGUUUAAUAGGACUUAAUUUAAAUGUUGCAAUCAAGUAUUUUUCUGUGAGUUUCGGCUCCCAUUUGGCUAAUUUGAAAGGUUUGUUAAUUACCUUCAUAUAACCGAUUUUUAAAGAGUGCGACAGCAUUUUUGUGGAAAAACACAUUAUAAUUCCUUUAUUUAAACUGCCUCAACUUGGAUUAGUUUAUGAUUUAGACUGUAUGUUUAGCUUAAGCAAAUAUUUUCAUGGGGCGAUGAUUUUUUCUAAACUUGAUUGUGAUCUUUGCCACGGUAAUAAACAUUUUUAAACUUAAGAGAACUACAA